AUGAUUAAUCUCUUCUAAAUGUGGCAGCACCAAAGCCCAUUUUUUUAGGAAUUAUCUAUUUAUGAUGAUGGAAGAAGAGUAAUUUUAAUUUUUAGAAAGUAGAUGUUAGAAAAGUCCCUUAAAGAAAAAGGAGGGACGGAGUACUACUUGAUAUCUAAGAAAUUCAUAAAAUAAUGGAAAUAUUAUGUAGAUUAUGAUGAAGAAAUGGAAGAAAUAGAAUUAGACACUCGAUAGAAAGUUUUGAAUUUAAAUAUGAAUAGCCUGAUAAAAUUAAUUCUGAUUUAAUAAACAAUGAGAAAUUGUUUAGGUACUUCCCUGAGAAUCAUGUUUAUAAUUCUAGCAUUCGAUAUUUGGAAAAUGAAUGGGAUUACGAAAUUGUAAUUUAUGUAAUAGAAAUUCUAGGUUUUGAAAGAAGUGUAUGAAUAUUUUAAUGAAAUUUAUUAAUCGAUUGAACCACAAAUCAGAGUGGGAUUUUAUAAUGAAAGUCUUAAACGAAAGCAGAUAUUCCCUAACUUAGCAAGAGUAUUAAUAAAAUAUAUUUAAGUUUACUCUGAUAUAUUAGUCUCCUAUCGACAAUAAAUUAUAUACAGCAAAGGCUUAAGUAGAUUAUAAUUCAGAGAUCAAGGCUUGGACAAAUUUAUUGAGAGAUACAUUUUAGGAGUAUUUCAAAACAAGAAAGAUAAAUAAUGUUCGAGUGUGGUGUCCAAGACAUAAGACAUUUAAAGCAGACUUGUUAAUUUAAUAGAUUUAGAAAACUAAACAAGUAGAUGGAGAUAUCUUGAAUGACAAUAUGAUAAUAUUUCAAUUGUAACAUUAAAGGGAUAAUUGUAUAAUCAUAGAUCUUGAAUUGAAUGAUUGGUAAUUCAAAAAAUUCGAAUAAACAAUUGAGUAUGAUAAUGCACUUUUGUUGGAAAAAGCUUUGAAAGGGUGUGCUAAAAUAGUGUGUGAAUUUCCCUAAUGCAAAUUGAAUAAUGGAUAUUUAGAUUUAGGAUUUGCAGAAGAAGACAUUUAAGGAAUUUGUUAAGUUUUAAUUGAAAAUGAGGAAGUAAAAUGGGAAUUAAUGUGUUCAAAUUAAAAAAACUACAUUGACAACUUACUUCCAUUUUCGCUGCAAAUAAAAGCAGAUCCUAUCUAAUACUUAUUGAAGAUUUCGUAAUCUUUAGAGUUAUUUGGGUUAUCCUUUGUAGAGAAUUACAAUAAGAAUUAAGGCAAAUAUCAGAUUAAUCUGGAGAACCCAGAAAUAAAUUCUUAAUUAAUUUCCCAUGUAGCUUAAAGUUUAAAUUAGUAGAAAGAUAAUUUGAUGCAAAUAAUUAAAAAUUUAUUUUAAAGAAAAGUGGAAGACAUUGAACCACUUACAAAUUUAUAUUAACUGAGAGCUCUUUAUUUGAUCCUCUCAUUUAGAAAAUGUCUUUCGAUGAUUUUGGACGAAAAACCUUUAAUAUUAUUAACAGUUAUAAGAAGAUUGAGUCAAUAGUAAGCAAAUUAAUUAUCUAAAUGGCUUACUAAACUUGAUAAAUCUGAACUUCUGCACUUUUAAUCGAUUACAAAAAAAAUAAUUGAACAAUAAAUUAAUAUUUAAAAAAAUGCACCCAUUAGGCCCCUUUUAGAUAUUGAUGAUAUCUAAAGGUUAAAAGGACUCUUUGAUUUAUACAGCGUCAUUUACAACUCGAAUCUACAAAACCCUAGAAUCCAAGCUGCUGAAUUUAUUAUCAAUUCCAUACAACAGUUUUAUAAAGUUGAUGCAGAUAGAUAGGAAUUCACAUAAUUCUAAAUGUUCAAUGCAAAGGUUUGGAGAGGUUACUCAUUUACUUUCUGCCAAUAUCCUUGGGCUAUGCCAAUCGAAUUUAAAUCUAGACUUCUCUAUAUUGAAUGUAAGGUUAAGUAGUAUGAUUCCAGAAGGAGAGCAUACGGUCUUUUACCUUAAUUUGUAUCCUUAACAAUAGAAAGAGACAAUAUCAUCGAGUCCGCUAUCAAAUAGUUAUAAUAAACUUAGGUUUCACUUAAGAACCCUCUAAAGAUUCAGUUUGUAAAUGAACAAGGAGUUGAUGAGGGAGGACCAAAAAGAGAGUUUUUCAGAUUGAUUAUGGAAAAGUUGGUCACACCAGAUUAUGGUAUGUUCAUUCCAAAAAACAAUGACACAGUAUUUUGGUUCAAUCCUCAAUCUUUUGAAAUGCCAAUCUAUUAUUCUUUGAUUGGGAAGCUCUUAGGGUUAUCUCUUUAUAACUCAGUCUUGUUGGAUGUUCGAUUUCCAACAGUUUUAUUUAAGAAAUUACAAAGAGAAUAGUUAAAAGAAGAAGAUCUAAAGGAAUUAGACAUGGAGACCUAUACUGGUUUCCAAUUUCUAAGAGAAUAGACGGACCCAUAGAUAGUCGAAAGUCUAGGUCUUACCUUUAAUGGCACAUACAAGGUUUGGGGAGAAAACUAUUUUGAGGAUCUGAAGGUAUUAUCAUCAAUUAUAUAAUUUAGCCCAAUGGAUUCUAAAUUAAUGUUACUAUUGAGAAUAGAGAAGAAUAUAUAUAAUUGUAUAUAGAUUGGUAUUUGAACAAAUUAGUUUAGAAAUAAUUUGACCUGUUGAAAGAUGGGUUUAAAACAGUUGUUGAUGGGGAUGGUAUAAAAGUAUGUAUUAGUUUAUUAACUAACAUUAGUUGUUUUCAGGCGAGGAAUUGCAGUAAUUGAUUAUAGGUUUGCCAACCUUCGAUAUGAGAGAUUUGGAGGCAUCAACCAAAUAUGAUGGAUAUGAAAGUGAUUCAGAAUAUAUUAGGUAUUUUAAACAUCAAUAUCAAGAUAUUUUUGGAAUUGCAUCCAUUAAUUGAAUGUUGAAAUGCAGAAAAGAUUUUUAUUCUUUUGCACAGGUUCAGAUAGGAUCCCUGUUGGAGGACUCAAAUCUAUCAAGUUUGUUAUUUAAAAACAUGGACAAGGUAUUUCUGUAUCACAAUAUAAUUAGAUACUGAAUAAUUACCAUCAGCUCAUACUUGUUUUAAUGUACUAUUGUUACCAUAUUACAAAAAUAAGGAAACUUUAAAAGAAAAGUUGAAAAUCUCUCUAGAUAAUGCGGAAGGAUUCGGUUUGAUGUGA